CAAAUAUGGGGGCCAUGGCUUUCGUCACUCUCUAGUGACGUUCUUCCUUUAGCGACGAGCUGUUGCUAGGGCAGCCAUGGACGCCACCAAGAGACCUAUACAUAUCCCUCCGCAGAUGGGGCUGUACGCGGAGAAACACCGCCUUCACCAAAUUAUGCAGGAAAUGCUUCAAGGUUUGCUUAUCCAUAAACCAGAAGAGCCUUUAGACUUCUUGAUCAAACAAUUAAAACAAGACAACUAUGAUGUUCCAAAGAUCUGUAUACUUGGACCUCCUGCUUCCGGGAAAACGACUAUUGCAAUGUGGCUUUGUAAACAACUGGGAACUGCACGGAUUUCUCCGGAGACUCUGUUAACCAGUGCGUGGUCAAACCUCACAUACAAAGUACAGGAGUAUCAAGACACAGAACAGAAAAUCCCUGACGCUCUGUGGGCUGAACUGAUUGUGGAACGUUUGCAGAUUGAGGACUGCAUUCACAGCGGCUGGAUUAUGGAGGCUAUUCCCCAAAGUCGAGAACUUGCCCGGGAGCUGCUGGCAAUGGGCAUCAUUCCCAAGCACGUUGUGGUGCUUUUCGCUCCAGAUAUUGUGCUGAUUGAGAGGAAUCUUGGGAAAAGAGUGGAUGUUUCUACUGGAGAGGUGUACCAUACAACUUUUGAUUGGCCAACUGAGGACUACAUACGGCAGCGCCUGAAGGUGCCGCAUGGCAUAUCUGAAGUGGAGACUGCAAGGCGGAUAUUGAAAUACCAUCAAGACUACCCUGGGAUUCUUCAGUCCUUUGGGAGUUGCAUGAAGUUGAUCAACGCUGACCAGCCAUGCGCAGAUGUUUUUGCACAGGUCUUCACCCAUGUCCAAGCUCCUCCUCGAACACUCGCCCCGUUUUCACCCCGGAUUCUCCUUUGUGGACCGCCAGGCUCUGGGAAAAGCAUGCAAGCAUCGUUACUUUCUCGGAAAUAUGGCAUCAUCAAUGUUUGCUGCGGGCAAUUGCUAAAGGAAGCUGUAGCCGACGAGACAAAACUUGGAGAACUCAUUAAGCCGUAUUUUGACAGUGGUUGGCCAGUUGCAGACAACAUUGUUGUAAAGAUGCUGUCAGAGCGUUUGAACAGGCUGGACUGCCACAUCCGAGGCUGGGUGCUCCAUGGAUUCCCUCGGGAUGAGGACCAGGCAAAGCUGAUGCAGCGUGCAAAUAUUAAUCCAAACAGGGUGUUCUUCCUGCACAUCACACCUGAGUCCAUUCUGGAGCGCCUGUGUUACCGUAUGCUUGACCCAGUCACUGGAGAAAGGUACCACACACUGUACCAACCGGCAGCCUCCAAGGAAGCCAGUGAACGCCUCCUGAUACAUCCGAGGGACUUGGAAGAGGCUGUGAAACUCAAAGUGGACGCUUACUUGAGGAUCGCUGAAGGCUUGGAGACUGUAUUCGAAGAUGCCAUUUUCAUCAAUGGCGACCAAGACCCUCAGACAGUAUUUGAGUACAUCGAAAGCUACAUUGUCAAUCCCCGACCCACCACCCUAGGCUUCCCACUACAAAUGGCUUGAAGUGUCUUCUUGAAAAUGAUUAGGCAAGUGCUUGGCUUGGCUUUGUUUUAUGUUGUUUUCCUUUACUUUUUUAAAAUAAUUUUUUAAAUUAUUUUCAAAUUUUGCAAACAACAAUUAAAAAGAAAAACAAAACAGUA